CAAGACAGGCUGGCUCAGCGAGCAAGACGUAGGUGGAUCACUCAAAGAACUGAAAGCCCUCUGAGCAAAGGUCUCGAAGACGAGGCUCUGCAAGAGAAAGAAGCAAACUGUGCGGACACGCCUGAGAACUCCAGCCCAACGAAUGCUAGCCACUCAACCCCAUCUUUGCAAUCUACCGCGUCCUCGGGGGAAUCUGUUGGUGCAGAUAGCUGCUUAUCUUCGUGGCGAGACUCGUCGGUGUUCGCAGCACUCUUCACCAACGGUCUCAUCCUGGGCCUACGUUGUGGAAUACAGAUUCCCAUACUCUCGCCGCCGUGCACAGUAAAGGUUCCGCUUUCUCUUCACCCUACAACACUACAGAUGACGAUUCUUCAUAUACCGUGGAUUGAUCGUUUUCCAUUCCCAAAGAUGAGAGACAAUGUCAUUCGGUUAAGUUGUGAAGGCUUUGACGAGGACGAAUUGUUUUCCGACAUCUUCACUGGAGAGAGUUUCACAGUUGCGCCAGGAUCUCUAAGUUGGGACCCAGCAGGCUGGAAGAUGGCAAAAAGCUUUCAAAGUAAAUGGGGGUAUUUGUUUACAUGA